UCAAAAUAAAGCUGACUGAGUGAAGAUGCUACUUAGAUCGCUAAGAUCUAUUUGCAUGACACUAGACUUAGAUCUAAAGCUAGAUCUAGUAACAGAAAAUUAAAAUAACUUAUUCUUAGUUCUAAAGUCAGCCUAGAUCUACUCUAAUCAUACUCUAAUGGCUAAUACUAAUACUACUAAUACUAAUAGUACUGAUACAGAUGAUUUUAAUUUCUUUCAUGAUUUGAGCCCUCCCGAUUCCUAUGAAACCAAGAAGGAUAAAUUAAAUCAAUUUGCGAACACACAUGUUUUGUUAAAGAACCGAAUUGUUUUGGUCACUUCAGGGGGAACAACUGUACCACUUGAAAGUCGCACUGUGCGUUUUAUUGAUAACUUCAGUAUUGGCACCAGAGGAGCUACAUCUGCAGAAUAUUUUCUUAAACAAGGUUAUGCUGUGAUAUUUUUACAUCGUCAGAGGUCAUUGCUACCAUUUUAUCAACGAGUAGAGAAAAAUAUUUUAGAUAUUUUAAUCUUUUCUGAUGAAGAUGAAAAUGAUAUUAAAGUCAGUAGAACACAUGCUAAGAAGUUGGCACCAUUCCUUAAGGAUUACCAAACUUUCAAAGACACAGGCAUGCUAUGUAUGGUUGAGUUUACUACUCUCUCAGACUACCUGUACUUGUUGAGAGCUGCUUGUGAAGCUAUCAGUGUUUGUGGCAAUAAAGGCAUGAUCUAUUUGGCUGCUGCUGUAUCUGAUUUCUAUAUUCCCAAAGGUUUGAUGCCAGAGCACAAAAUCCAGUCUUCAGAUGGUGCCUUACAGUUGUCCCUUGAGAUGACCCCAAAGAUGUUAAAACCACUUGUGAAAGACUGGGUGCCCAAAGCUUUUAUCAUUUCCUUCAAGCUUGAAACCAAUCAUGAAAUACUGAUUGAAAAAGCAAAGAAAGCUCUGGCUACCUACAAUCACCAGAUGGUGAUUGCAAAUUUAUUAGAUACUCGUAAGAAGGAAGUGUACAUUGUAACCAAGGAAACAGAAGAAAGAGUUCAACUUACUGAAGAAGAGUUAGCAGCAGGCAGAGAAAUAGAGCAGCCAAUUAUUGAUAAACUUGUUGCAUAUCACACAGAUUUGCUUCUGUCAUGACUGACUACAGUUUGUUAAUAAAUGACAUUUUUAUAUGACAAACUAACUUAUUUUGUUAAGCUUCAUCAAACUUUGAAUGUGUUCUAUUAUUUGUCUCCAUCUGUGUCAUAUCAUCCACACACAUAUAUAUAUGCCUUUUUUUUUAUCUUGAGAUAAGAAGUAAUAUUCUGAGAGGCUUCAUGGCAAUUCAAUUCUAUCCUAACCAAAUCUACGACCAAUUGAUAACCUUUCUGUCCCAAUGAGUUUCAAGUUUAAUUUUGAGAUUCCAUGCUCAUGUUUUUAGUUUUUUUUUUAGUGAGGUAAUUUUUGCAAUUCUAGUAUAUGUAAUAGUAGUUAAUGAAAAUAUCUAAAACGCAAUUAUUUUUGUUGUUGUUGUUGCUUUGACUUUAUCAUUUACCUACAACAGAUCUAAUUUGUAUAACUUUGUCAGCUUAUGUUAAUUCUUAUAUUAACUAUAGUUUGAAAUAAAUGAGAUUGUCUAAUAAAAUAUGUUAUAGUAUACAAUCAUUCAAUUAUUACCGUGACAAAAUAAAAUGUUAUGUAACCAUU